AUGAGUGUCUUAUUCAAGAGCUCGCAGCGGCAUUGGUUACAAGUAAUUGUCUCAAAAGAAACUUCAGCCAAAGUAUAUGCCACCAUCAUCGAGAAGCUUGGUCUAUGGAAACAAUGGACUCUUGCGUUGCCUAUUCCUUCAGCUUGUGGAGCGCAGAGAAGGCCAAACAACCUUCAUUCUGAUUGA